AUGACGAAUUCGUCGCCUGCUCAGCUUCUUGCUGAGAUCGAAGCCCUUGCAGCAAAUCCACCGCAGGAGCUCUUGAAUGAUGCAGAGUUGCGAAUCAAGAUGUACAAUGCUUGCAACGCAGCUCGAUUCGCAUUAGAACGACCGACUGAAGUUGUCGUGCAAGUGCUUCUCUCAAGGAAGUCGGUUGAAAGCGCCUUACUGAGCACCGCUCUGAACAUGGAGCUUUUCCCACUCCUUGGAAAGGGCGAUGGCGAGCCUAAGACCCUGGCUUCUUUGAGCACAGCUACUGGUGCCAAUCAGACGUUACUUAAACGUGUCCUCCGCGUGUUAGUUGCCAGCGGCGCGGUCCGCGAGCACGGCAAUGACACUUACACUCUGCCUGCCAAUUAUUCGCUCUUCGCCGACCCAGCGUUCAACAACUCUGUCCGUAACUGCGCAUCAUUCAUGGAACCAACACUGCGGGAGAUCCCAGGCUACUUGAAGGCUACAGGCUAUCAAAACCCAAUAGACCCCAAAGACACUGUCAUACAAAAGGCCUUCCAACAAGACGGCUUGACCUUGUUUGAGAUUUUGAGUGACAAGCCAGCCGCAGCCCAAGGCCUUGGGGUCUUGCUGAACACCUGGGCCGAUGGACAUGAGUUUCUUCAGCAAAUGUAUCCUGUACAAGAGAGGCUCGUCGAUUCCUUUGAUGCAAGCAUCGGCCCGGUGCUCUUCGUUGAUGUCGGCGGAGCAACUGGCCAGAAGGCAAUCGCUCUCAAAGACAGCCUUGCUCAUGUUCCUGGGAAGAUCAUCGUCCAGGAUCUCCCAGUGUAUGUCAAACAAGCACCGACUGUGGAUGGGGUGGAAUUCAUGGUCCAUGACUUCUAUACCGAACAACCGAUAAAAAACGAGGCGUGCGUCGAGAUCUUGAGUCGCCUGCGAGAGGCUUGCAAGCCAGGAUACUCCAAGGUCCUCAUCCACGAGCAGUUGGUUCCAGAGGUCGGUGCCAGUGCUGAAUCCUGCGUCGAAGACAUCACUAUGAUGGCGAUGUGUGGAGUGGGAGAACGGACGGAGAAGGAAUGGACUCACAUCAUCGAGAAAGCCGGAUUGAAGCUACUGGCAGUGUAUUCUUCCAAGGAUGGAGUGUCGGAGAGCGUCAUUGAGACUGGUGUUGACAAAUGA